AUGGAGAUAUGGUUGAAUCAAUCAACCACAGAUGACUUCAUCUUCUUGGGCAUUUUUUCUCGCAGUCCAACUGACCUUGUCCUUUCCUCUGUCGUUCUGGUGGUCUUCACAGUGGCCCUCUGUGGGAAUGUUCUCCUCCUCUUCCUCAUCUACAUAGUUUCUCGACUUCACAUACCCAUGUACUUUUUCCUCAGUCAGCUCUCUCUCAGGGACCUCAUGUUGGUUUAUACCAUUGUGCCAAAGAUGGUGGUAAACUUCCUGUCUGGCAAGAAGUCCAUCUCCUUUGUGGGUUGUGGCAUACAAAUUGGCCAAUUUGUCUGUCUUGUGGGAUCUGAGGGGCUCUUGCUGGGACUCAUGGCUUAUGACCGCUAUGUGGCCAUUAGCCACCCACUUCACUAUCCUGUCCUCAUGAGUCAGAGGGUCUGCCUCCAGAUUGUCGGGAGCUCUUGGGCCUUUGGGAUAAUAGAUGGUGUGAUCCAGAUG